CAAGUUAAAAAAUGUCAUUCUUCCUUACAAAUACAAUGGCUCCUAAAUUCCCCUUCUUCUAUCUUUUGAUAGCCUUCCUCUUUCUUACAAUCCAACCGUUUGUGUCUCAGUCCAGAAUCUUGAAAUCUGAGGACCAAACUUUGAAAUCCCUUCAAAUUUUGGAGGAAGUCCACAAGGGCCAAACAAUUGCUGGGCUCAAUAAAGUGAAAAAAUACCUCAACAAAUUUGGAUUCUAUGCAAAUCCAAAUGAUAGCAAUCUAACCGAUGAUUUUGAUGAUCACUUGGAGUCUGCACUCAAAACGUACCAAAAAUAUUAUCAUCUCAACAUUACUGGAAGCCUCAACUCCAAUACCAUUAAAAAAAUGAUGAUCCCUCGAUGUGGAGUUCCUGAUGAUAUCACCAAUCUCACAUCCCUGAACCAGUCCCUUUAUAAUUUCCCAAGUGGGUUUCCAAGAUGGUCUGAGUUUGAACUCACCUACUCGUUCAGCUCCAGUGUCCCUGAUGAUCAAGAUUUCAGGUCAGCUUUUGCACAAGCUUUUCAGAGCUGGGAAGGUGCAUCCCAAUUCAAGUUUAAAGAAGCAUCAGCUGAUGAAACAGUAAAUAUUGUGAUUGGGUUUUACAGUGGUGAUCAUGGGGAUGGAGUGCCUUUUGAUGGGCCUGGCAGGGUUUUGGCUCAUUCUUUUUUCCCACAAGAUGGAAGGUCCCAUUAUGAUGCAGAUGAGAGUUGGAGUACAAAUCCUGACAUGAACCACAUGGACUUGGAAUCUGUGGCUCUUCAUGAAUUAGGUCACGUUCUUGGACUUGCACAUAGUCAAGAUCCAAAUGCUGUUAUGCACUCAGGAAUUGCGCCUGGAACUAUCAAAAGGGAUCUCACACAAGAUGAUAUUCAAGGCAUACAAGCCCUGUAUCCUAAUUAAUUAGUCAUCUUAUAUAUGUAAGUUUUAAGAAAUAAGUGAUUGCAGAAAGGUAAAAUAUGUUACAAAAUUAAGUGAUCGAAUACAGUAGAUUUUUUGUGGUAUCCUAUCACUGACAAGCUUAA